UGCUCAGAUUUUAAUGUUAUCAGGAAUCGGCCCAAAAAAUAAUUUGGAAGCAAAUAAUAUCAAAGUUUGUAAAGAAUUACCGGUUGGACGCAAUCUACAGGAUCAUCCGUAUUGUCUCUUUGCUGGCAAAAUUUCUGUUCAAAAUAAUUCAACAGACGUUUUUACAUCUCAUGCUUGGUGUUGUGGCCAUAAACUUGGAAUUUUGUUUAAAGGUAAUUCUGAAGGAAAAAUACCCAAUCAAAAAGAUUUUCUUGACGAACGUCCUGAAAUUCAAACCUACAUAUGCACUCAGGAUGGGUUAAAUACUAUCCUAGUGCAAAAAUUAGAAUUUAUUGCGCUAUCCUCAGUUUUAAAUUUUCCUUCAAGCGUCGGUUACUUGGAAUUAUCUAGUUUUAAUCCAUUUGUGCAACCAAAAAUCUUUCUCAAUUAUUAUGAAAAACCUGAUGAUAUGUAUAGAAUGAUUAGUUCUUGUAAAUUUUUACGUGAAAUAAUUAAACAACCUCCGUUAAGUACAGUAUGGGGCAUGAAAGAAUUUGGAUUUUAUGAUAAAUUUGGAAAAUGGUGUAGUAUGAAAGAAGAAAUGAGUGAUGAAGAUUGGGAACAAUAUAUCCGUGAACAGACAAAUACAUCGUUUCAUACAUGCGGUACUGUUAAAAUGGCACCUGAAUCACAAGGAGGAUGUGUUAAUCAUCGACUUGAAGUUUAUGGAACCAAAAAUCUUCGAGUUGUCGAUGCUUCAAUUUUUCCAAUUAUUCCGAAUGGUAAUACUAAUGCUCCUACCGCCAUGGUUGCAUGGAGAGCAAGCAGGAUAAUUGAAGAAGAUUACAGAAAUAAAAUUUAA